AUGGCUUGUAAAUGCACCGAAGAUGGAAAAGGUGGAAAAGAUGAGAAACCAAAGAAGUUUAUCACUUUAGACAGUAUCAACCAAAACAUCGUUAAGGCGAAGUUUUUAUGUGGUGCUUUAUUUGAACGAGCUGAUGAGCUUCAAAAGGAACUGGAUGAAGGCAAAACGCUGUGUUUUGAUGAAAUUAUAAAGGCAAACACUGAUGAUGGUCAAUCUAUGGGUCAAAAACCUAUUACUUAUAUAAGACAGGUGGUUGCAAUAGCUACUUGUCCAACACUAUGUUGUCAACCAAAUUUUCCAACAGACGCAAAGAGCCAAGCUAUGGCUAUUAUACGCAGUACUACAAGCCAGAGCCUUGGUUCUUUCGCAGAUUUCCGUGGAAUUUCCGUUGUUAGGCAACAUAUUGCUGAAUAUAUUGAGGAUAGAGAUGGCAUUCCGGCUAAUGUCGAUGAUAUAUUUAUUGUAUCCGGCAUUACAAGUAUAACUGAUUUGCUUGCAAGCAGCGAUAAAAAGAAAGGAAUUAUGAUUCCAUAUCCCCAAUUUCCGCUGCAUGGAUCUACCAUAUCUUGUUCUGGCAUGGAAAUUAUCAAAUAUUAUUUAGACGAGUGCAAAGGUUGGGCUUUCGAUAUAGAAGAAAUGAAAAAAGCAAUAACAGAAGCUAAAAAUAAUAAUAUAGAACCUUGUGGUAUACUCAUAAUUAGCCCUGGAAAUCCGACGGGACAAGUUCUAACAAAAGAGACCAUACAAGAUAUCAUCAAGUUUGCUAAUGAACAAUCCCUCAUGAUCUUAGCAGAUGAAGUUUAUCAGCAUAAUAUUCACGACAAAUCCCUACAAUUUCUUUCUUUCAAAAAAGUGAUGAAGGAAAUGGGUCCACCUUAUGACCAAAGUGAGUUAUGUUCGUUUAUGUCAAUAUCCAAAGGAUGGUAUGGUGAAAGUGGUUUUCGAGGAGGUUAUAUGGAAUUAGUAAAUGCGGAUCCCGAUGUUAAAGGCGUGUUACUAAAGCUUUUGGCUAAUCGUUUAGCCUGCGCUACACCAGGUCAAGCAGUAUUAGAUUGUAUUGUAAAACCUCCGUCAAAAGAAUCAGAAUCUUUCGGCCAAUUUUGUUCUGAAAUUCAAGCUAUAAGUUCAUCUAAUGCAGAACGAGCAAAAUUUGUAGAGGAACAAUUGAACUGUUUAAAAGGAUUUAAAUGUCAUCCUAUACAAGGCGGAACGUAUGCUUUUCCCAGCAUAUGCUUGGCUAAAAAGGCUGUAGAAGAAGCGAAAAAAAGAUGUCAGGAGCCCGAUUUUUUCUAUGCGUCCGAAUUGUUAAAAAAUACUGGAAUUCUUGUUGUACCUGGAUCAGAAUUCGGUCAAAAAGAAGGCACAUAUCACAUCGCGAUAUCAAUUCUACCGCCUAUGGACAAACUAAAAUCGUUGUUUGAGAAGUUUAAUGAAUUUAACAAUGAUUUCACAUCAAAGUAUUGGUAA